GUAAAGGGGUUUUGCUAGGGUUUUUGUACCUAGUUUAAGUCCCACGAAAUUUUAGAGUUGAAAAUUGUUUGCUUUCCAUCACGACAAAAGUUCAGUGAUUCUCUAUGGACCCUUCAUCACUCAACUCUCCGGAGCUGCAGCAAUUUCUAAAUCAAGAAAAAGAGAAGGCAAUGGUUACCGAAAUGAUAGGAAAGUUGACAUCUGCUUGCUGGGACAAAUGCAUAACAGGAACUCCAGGAAGCAAGUUCAGUUCUAGUGAAUCAAAUUGUCUCACCAACUGUGCUCAACGCUAUAUGGAUAUGAGUCUCAUCAUCAUGAAACGUUUCCAGCAAGGAAGUUAGGCUAAUAAUAUUUCUUUUGAUUUAGAAAAUUCCUGAGUUUCUGAUCAAUAGUGUCCUAGCAACAAUGGACUUAAGCUUAACCUUACCCUGCAUUCAAGGGAAAUUUUAUCAUCUCAGUUGAAUACUACCCAGGAACGUCUUUUUCAAUUUUUCAUUCUCCAAGGCUUUUAGUUUCA